AUGACUCGUGUAAAAAAUAACCACUCUAAUAAGUGUCCACCAAUAAUUUGUUCUGCAUAUUUUCGUGAAACUCCUGCCAAAGAUUACAGCUUCUUUGGUUUCUAUCAAUACCGUCAAAAGCAACCCGAUUUUACUUACUCGUUUCAAAAGGAGGCUCUUAAACUCAAGAACGAUCUCAACGUACUAGUGAAAGAUGACUCAGAAGAAGUAAAAACGGCU